AUGCCUAACUAUGAGGUGUGGGUGUAUCACGGUGAAGCUUUACCUCCUCAGAAUGCACCAGAAGUCCCAAUACCAUUAGAAGUGCCGACAUCACCACAAGUUCUAAGUAAUGAUAAUGGAGAGUAUGAUAGAAUGGAUGAGAUGCUUCGUGAUUUAGGGGAAGAUAUGGAGCUCCCAUCCGAGACUGAGGAUCCACCCACGUCGGAGGCUAAAAAUUUUUUCGAGCUCCUUAAAGCUUCAGAAAAGCCGUUGCACGAGCACACAAAAGUGACUGUCCUUGCUUUCGUGACUCGACUCAUGGCUAUUAAGUCCAAAUUCACAUUAUCUCACAAUUGUUACAAUAUGAUCUUGAAUUUGAUUGGUGAUAUACUUCCGGCAAAUCACAAGAUGCCUAAAGAUGUCUACCAGUCAAGGAAAUUGUUGUCUGGGCUUGGUAUGGACUACAAAAAGAUAGAUGUUUGUCCAAAUAACUGUAUGCUGUUUUGGAAAAAUGAUAUAGAUUUGAAGAAGUGUCGAAAGUGUCAAGAAUCGAGGUUUGUGGAGGUUGUAAAUGAAGAUGGUGAAAAGGUGACUACAGAGAUAGCACAAAAGCAACUUCGCUACAUGCCUCUUAUGCCUCGGUUGAAGCGGUUAUUUUUAUCAAAGAAUACUGCUAAGCACAUGAGAUGGCACAAAGAGAGGGUGCGUGCAAACCCAGACUUGAUGGUGCACCCGUCUGAUACCGAUGCAUGGAAAGCUUUAGAUGAUUUUGAUCCAAAUUUUGCUAGUGAUGCGAGAAAUGUUCGGCUUGGUUUGGCGACAGAUGGUUUCUCACCUUUUAAUAUGACUGCAUCAUCAUAUUCUUGUUGGCCGGUAUUUGCUAUUCUGUACAACCUUCCACCACAUCUUUGCAUGAAAUAUGAUUAUAUGUUCUUGUGUCUUGUAAUUCCUGGUCCGGAACAUCCUGGAACACGACUUCAUGUGAUGAUGCAACCUUUAAUCGAUGAUCUAGAUAAGUUGUGGCAAGGUGUUGAGGCAUAUGACUGUUACAAGAAACAAAGAUUUACCCUUCGAGCUGCAUUUCUAUGGUCGAUCCAUGAUUUCCCGGCAUAUGGUAUAUUUGCUGGCUGGAGCUGUCAUGGACUUUUAACCUGUCCGAUCUGUGGUAAAGAUACAGACUGUUUCCGCCUUGAGUUCGGUGGUAAGAUAUGUUACUUUGAUUGCCACAGACGCUUUUUGCCAGAGAAUCAUCCAUUCAGAUUUCAGAGGAACGCUUUCAGGAAGGAUACUAUUGUCACGAAGGGGCCACCGAAGCGUAUGAGUGGAACAGAGAUUCUAGCUAUGUUGAAAGAUUUAAAGAUGAUACAGAUGGAAAUGGAUAUGUUGGUUUUGGAACUGAGCACAACUGGACUCAUAUAUGUGGAUUAUGGGACCUUCCUUAUGUCAAAUCGCUGA